UAAACAACACAAAUAGACCAUGGCUGCGAGCCCUCCUUUACCGAGUCCGAAACCUGGCACGUCAAGUCCAAACGACUCUCUAAAGCGAGAUGCAUCGAAAAAAGAGGGUGUUAAGGGUUGGAUGGGUACCUUAACCCGCCGAAAGAAAACAGAUGAAGUGAAUGCAUUGGAAACUGAAGGAAAGAAUGCAAUUGACACACCCUUGUCGCCUGCAGUUAUUGUACCCAACAGCUUUAAACUAGAGGAGACAGAAGAAAGGUCCAUGGUUGAACCGGCCUCUUUAGAAGAUCCAAAAGUUCAUGAGUUGAAGAAUAACUUACUUGAAUGGAUUAACAGUGAAUUGGCUGAGAAAAGAAUUGUUGUUCGAGAAAUUGAUGAGGAUUUAUAUGAUGGACAAAUACUUUCCAUACUAAUGGAAAAAUUGGCAAAAAUAAAGUUUGAGUUCUCAGAGGUGACUCAGUCUGUAGGGGGACAGAUUGAAAAACUGGAGAUAAUUUUAAACAAAGUGGAACAGCUACUAAGAAUUGAAAAAAGUGAUGCCAAAUGGACAGCAACAAAGAUCCAUAAUAAGGACAUUGUAUCAAUCCUUCACUUGUUGGUUGCAUUAAAAGAACAUUUUUCACCCAAUGAUCCAAUCACCCCCGGAGUAUAUAUGAAAGUUGUCGUUGUGCAGAAACAAGAGGGUUUGCUAAACAGUCGAAGGAUAAAGAUCCAAAUUACAAAGGAUACGGAAGAAGCUGAAUUGGAAAAACAACGUCGAAGAGAGCGAGAUGCAUUUGAUGCAUUGUUUGAAAAUGCUCCAGAAAAAUUAAACGUAGUGAAAAAGUCCUUACAAAAUUUUGUCAAUCGCCAUCUUACAAAACUCAAUCUAGAAGUCAAUGAUAUUGAUACACAGUUUCACGAUGGUGUUCAUCUGAUCUUCCUCAUUGGAUUACUUGAAGGAUAUUUUGUCCCUCUGUACAAAUUUAAAGUCACUCCAUCAGGAUUUGAACAGAAAGUUAAAAAUGUGUCUUUUGCCUUUGAACUGAUGGAUGAAUCAUCUGUUCCAUAUCCAAGAUGUACUGCUGAAGACAUUGUUUCGAAGGAUCUGAAGUCAACAUUAAGAAUUCUAUAUGCUUUAUUUCAAAAGUAUAAAAAUAAUAAAUAGGUUUUUUAAGAGAAGACAAUUACUAUAUAUAUAAAUCUCAAUGUAUAAU